UUUUUAACUUCAGCUACGGUCGGUGUUUCCGCUGAAACCGGAAGUGCCUUUCUCCGCAGCAGGUGGACUUUCUCAUGGAGUUUAAAAGUUCAUUAAUGUGAUUUUUAGUGGUGUCCUGUCUGAGUUGAGAAACUAGCAAUGGCCAGUCCUGAGCUCCUGCUGGAUUCCAGCAUACGCAUGUGGGUGGUCCUCCCCAUCGUCUUCAUCACCUUCUUCGUGGGCAUCCUCCGUCACUAUGUCACCCAGCUUCUCCACAGUGACAAGAAGGUGGACCUGGAGCAGGUCUCUGACAGUCAGGUGCUCCUGCGCAGCCGCGUCCUCAGAGAGAAUGGAAAGUACAUUCCUAAAGAGUCCUUCACCAUGAGGAAACACUACUUCAACAACACAGAGACCGGCUUCUUUAAGAAAGUCAAGAGGAAAGUCGUCCCCAAGAACCCCAUGACAGACUCCAGCAUGCUGACAGACAUGAUGAAGGGAAACCUGACCAACGUCCUGCCCAUGAUUGUGAUUGGUGGAUGGAUCAACUGGGCCUUCUCUGGGUUUGUCAUAACAAAGGUGCCGUUUCCUCUGACUCUGAGGUUCAAGCCGAUGCUGCAGAGAGGGAUCGACCUGCUGUCUCUCGAUGCUUCCUGGGUGAGCUCGGCGUCCUGGUACUUCCUGAACGUGUUUGGGCUGAGGAGCAUGUACAGUCUCAUCCUUGGCCAGGACAACGCUGCUGACCAGUCGCGGAUCAUGCAGGACCAGAUGACGGGUGCCGCCAUGGCGAUGCCCCCUGACCCCAACAAGGCCUUUAAGAGCGAGUGGGAGGCGCUGGAGAUCGUGGAGCACAAGUGGGCGCUGGAGAACGUGGAAGACGAGCUGAUGUCCAGAGACCUCAACUUUGGAAACCUGUUCAGUGGCGACAUCCUGUCCACCAGGCUCUGACAGAACUUACUGACAGACAGCUCCCUCCUGUGGGGGUUUUGGAAACUGCGUGAGCGGUGUGGUGGGACGGAACACCAAUCAAACUCGGACGUUGCUAAACGUUGGGACAGAAUUGCGGCUGCAGUGCAGCGCCGCAUGGAGAAUGAGAACAGACUCUGGUGGUGAUAUUAGUCCUUUAAUUUAUAUCAAAAGACUGAAAAUACAAUAAAAUAUUUUCCUCUGAUA